GAUAUGAGAAACCUAUUGAAGAGCCCACUUUACUCCUAAGCCGAAACAUGUGGACUUCCUAAUCACACUGUAAUUUGCAAACCUCCACCACCCAGGCACCCACGCCGACCACCGCCCACCACCGCCCACCACCCACCCAAUGUACAAGUUACAUCAACGGCAGCGAUAAUCAUCAUAGGACGACGUACUCCACUUACCACUCAUCUCUCUGUCUCGCAUGGCAAUUGCAGCUGCUGCUUCUCUCCCCUUCGAAAGGGUUUGUAGUUCUACAACGCAUGGGAUCUCAAGCAGUUGGAUGAAACCGCCUUUCAAUGAUCGAAGAGCCCUUGAUCUUCCAGGCAUAAGUUUUAAUUGCAGGAAUCCUCUAUUUGGAUCAACACAAUUCCACUGGCUGUCUAAUGGACAUGACCUUUGUCAUUCCAAAGUUUCCGUUGCUGCAGAUUACUCAGAUUCUGUUCCCGAUUCCUCUAGUUAUUUGACUAGCCAAGGUUAUCAUCCUCUAGAAGAAGUGAAAGUCUGCAAAAUGAUCCGGGACACUAAACUCACUUCUGCUGAAAUAGCAAGAACAACCGUAGAGGCUAACUGCAGUGCUACGGUGGUGUUCCCUGGGAGGAUACAUUGUGAACCACAUGAACAAAUUUCCUGGGCUGAGUUUGAAUAUGUUAUCGACGAUUGUGGAGAUUUAUAUUUUGAAAUUUUUGAUGAUGCAAACUUAUUAGAAGAUCGUACAGCAAGUAACCCUGUGAAUGUUUUGUUCGGGAUGGAUAUCCUUGCAUAUGAUGACGCAAGAAUAUCUGGUGAUUUCAGCAUUCUAGAUGGUAGCAGUAGCGAUGAAAUCCCUUUCGAUGAUUAUUAUUCAGAGGUUGUGGACUCUGAAGUUUCUGAUGUUCUAGACUGGGGGUUGCCAGAUACUUGUAGCUCAAUUCAUCCUAUAUGUUUUGCAAAGUACUUGACAAAGGCUAUUGAUAAUGAAUACAAUAGGAAAAUGGAUCAUCCAUCCAAUGGUGUCUCUAUUUUAGGAUGCCUCAGGCCUGCUUUUGCUGAUGAAGAAUUCUAUGUAAGAAGACUGUUUAAUUACGUAGAUAGCGAUGGAUACAACUCAGACUGGAAAGAUGGAAAAAGUGUGAGCCUUAGUUCUGAAAGUGAUCGUAGCUCAACUCUCUACAGGUUGGAGAUCAUGAGAAUAGAGUUGUUCUCUGUAUAUGGUGUUCAGUCUACAAUUAGCUUGCACGAUUUUCAAGAUGCAGAACCUGAUGUUCUUGUAAACUCUACCUCAGAAAUUGUAGAACGCUUCAGUGAAAGAGGUAUUAGGUGCGAUGUUGCUCUUAAAGAUUUAUGCAAAAGGAAAGGACUUCAUGUUGAGGGAGCUCAUUUAAUCGGGGUUGACAGUCUUGGAAUGGAUGUUAGAGUCUUCUCAGGGUUGGAAGUGCAAACUCAUCGUUUUCCCUUCAAAGUCCGGGCCACAUCCGAAGUUGCAGCUGAAAAACAGAUUCAGCAACUUUUGUUCCCACGCUCUCGCCGCAAAAAGUUGAGUGCUCAUAAUGUUAGGGGCGUGGAGUCUUACUAAUUCGUUCAUUUGCGCUACUGUGAAGGAAUAAGUUCUCAAAAUAAACUUCGGGCUGGAACAAAGGGGUAUUCACUUAUUUAUUUUUUCUUUGUCCGUUCGCUUUGAUGUGUAACGCUCUUUCGUUUUUCUUUUUUUUAUCGAAGAAACAAUAAGCUUGUACUAGCUUUGAUAGGAGAGAAUCUUCUUUCUGCUAGAAUAUGUCUGAUGAUAGAACAAAGAACAUUAUAAACGGUAGCCCCUUCAGUAUGUUAGACAGGACGGAGCUCUGAUGAUGAUCGGCUGAAAGUUGCACCAGCAGGAUUGUGGAAACAUGUAAGUAGCAGAUAGUUGAGAUGACAGAAUAAAAUGUCCGGCGAUGAAAACAACGGUGCAGUUUCAUUGUCGUCGACCGUACUAAUGGGAAAGCUUGUGAUCCUUAACGUAGUCUGGUUUGCUGAAUUUUUUUUUCACUUUUAGUUGAGCUUUUCUUUCUUUGGUCGAUAAACUUUUAGUUGAGCUGUAAUGAGAAAACAGGUUGAGAAUAAAGUAAUUAAGAGCAUUGCUGAGUAACCAAAUUA